AAGCCAACUUCUUAGCCUUUUCAAUUUUCGUUGGACAUGUUUGACCGGCAGCAGAUUACCACCCGAGGUUCUAUUACUUCCAGGGGAUCUAGUUUUAUAGAGCGGCACCAACGACGCGUCGAUUUAAGUCGCAACAAGUUGUACCUUCAGCGGCUGAAGCGGGCCACCAGUUUGGUGGACCAGCAACCUCCAUUGCUGAACACCAAGACACAGGGCGGGUUUUCUGUCCUGCAGGAGGAUGCCCGCAUGUUUCUGGAUCGAACAAAUGAGAAUGUGCGCUUGCUGUUAAAUCUGUCGAAGAUUAAGCGAACUGGAGGCACACUUGACUUGGUGGAGGACCCACCAAACGUCUCUCGAUCGGCUCUACCACAUAUGCUGCGAAAAUUGGACUCUGUUCAGCAUCAGAAUCUACUACUGGCUCGCCGGUUAAUGAAGAUCCAUAGCCGCAAACGUGGGACAACUCCACAAAAGUGGCCCAAACGGCAAUCGCUAGCGAGUAGCGUAAGGUGUCCCAGCGUCAUGACCAAUCGAUCGGCUUUUGCGGAAAAUGAGGUGUUUACCAAGUACAUUGGCUGGGAUCUUGACUUGCCUAGUGACAUCUUCGAACAGAUGAGACUACUCCGGCCGAGGGUUGUUUUGCAUUUCGGCCUGAUGGACGGCAGACCAUUGGGUCAGGUGGUGGUGCAGCUAUACACUGAGGCUGCACCGCUGGUGGUGCUGCAGUUCGUCCGCACCUGCAUGAGUCAGAGGUCGCAUGAGUUCGCCGUUCGCCGGAUUUUUCCACGUCUUUGGCUAGAGGGCUAUCUACUGGGCAGUUGUAAUAACCGGUCGAGGGACACACCUUCUCUAAGUGAUCCCAUGGAGUUCGAUACGCGCGUGGUGAGUCAUGCACGCUACGGCUACGUUUUGUCUUGCGCUAAGGAGUACUGCGUCCAUGGAUUUCCCGGUGGGGCCAUCAACUUCAGCAUCAGUUUCAAGCCUCUACCGGUGGCAAUUGGUCAACGCGUGGGCUUUGGAAGGGUGAUACGCGGCGACAAGGUCAUCGAGGCUAUGGAAGCUCAUGGAACCAAAAAUGGAAAGAUCAGUCGGCCCCUGCUCAUAACCCACUGUGAUAUGCUAUAGGAAAGCAUGGAGUUUUUAAAGUACUUCUGAUUUUACUCAGUAGAGAAUCUCAUCUGUUAAUGGUUGAUUCUCUGCUGGGUAAAACCAGAAGUCCUUCAUAUGCUCCUUGAAUGAUUGUGGCAUGUGGUGGCCAAAGAAUCAAUAUGGAAUCAGAGGAAUUCGUGCUCAUAAGGUAAACUA